AUGAGCCUAGUGCCCAGCUCGCCGGUUGGCCGGCGGCAGAGCAUCUGGGAUCGAUUCAAGUGCCUGGCCAAGGUCGGCCAGGGAACUUACGAUAUUUGGUCGAUUGGCUGCAUUUUCGCCGAGCUGCUCACCCUUCAGGCUCCCUUCCGCGGGCGUGAAGUCCGGCCGGAUCGGAACAACCGAUCGCCCUUCCAGCGCAGCCAGCUCGAGCGAAUAUUCGAAUGGCUUGGCGUCCCGUCGGUCGAUCGCUGGCCCGACCUUCGCAAUAUGCCCGAGUACAAGGAGAUGCUCGCCAUGGGGAACCGCUAUCAAGACCAGCUGGAGCGCAUGAUCGCCGGCCGGACCUCGGCGAAUGGGAUGUCUCUGCUUCGCAGCCUGCUGGAGUACAACCCAAACCACCGGAUCACCGCGGCGCAGGCCCUCUGCCAUCCCUACUUUGCUGAAGCGCCGCACUUCACCAUGAACGCCUUCCUGGUGGACACAGACCGCAAGCGCUACCCCAAGCGCGCGGAGAUCGCCGACUCCAACCUCCCUACCACGGCGGUCGCCGUGUCGCAGCCGGUCCCAGCGCAGUCGGCUCCGCAGCAUCAGCAACAACCGCAGCCGCAGUACCACCAGGCAGCCUCCUCGUCAGGGAAGCCACCGGCCGCCGUGGCCGCACCAGCCGCUGCCACUGCUGCCGCCACGGCGGCCGCGGCGCGAACGACCGCCGUCCGGCCUCGACAUGGCCCGGAAUCCUCGGCCCCAUCGCAGGCUCAGGCGGUCCUCCUGUCUGGUGGGCCGGCGGCCGCCGUCCCCUCGUGGCCAGCCCGGCGACCGGUCGAGGGCGAAUCCUCGGCCCCCACCAGCACGAGCUCCCUCUGCUCGCCGGCCCUCGUCCGAGGUGGACCCAUGGCCAGCCAGUCGUCGAGUGUCAUCGAUCUGACCGACCUGCCGCGCGGGGGCACAACCGGCGGAUCGUCGGGUCCUCCAUCGCAACACCCACCGACCAAGCGCCACCGCCAUGCCGGCCCCUCGCCCGCCACCGGAGACCAGCCCUCCUCCACAUUGGCCCCGGGGCCGGGGGCCGCGGCCUGGCACUCGGCCAAGCCGGGGCCCGGGCUUUCCUCGCCGCUGGCUCCGCCGCCCCACCCGCUGUCGGCGCAUGCCACGCCGGCCACCUCUUCCAGCGCGCAGAGCUCCCCCUCGCUGGGCGCCUUGUCCGGUGGCGCCGGGCCCGGGGCCUUCCCCUCGGUCACGGGUGCUGCCCCGCCGCAGGUCCAUUACCUCGGCAGCCGGCGGUCGCAUGGUGGCGACCCGGUGUCCGGGCACCCGGGCGCCCAGGCAUACUACCAGCACUUGCAGUCAGCGCAAUAUCAGGCCCCGCAUCCGGAGUACCGGCACUAUCGGGCCGGUGACGCGCCGGCCGGUCCCCCGGGUCCGGGCGCAGCGGAUCUCAGCUCGCCGGCGCUCGGGGCUGCCCCAAGCGCCGAGCCGGUCGACCAGUAUCGCAUUCAGUCCGGGCAGUCGUCGCCGGAUCUCCUUGCCCAGCAGGCGCGAGCUCGGUCUGCUGGCGGCGGCAGCGGCGGCGGCGGCGGCGGCGCCACCGGGCCAUAUGGCACCAUGAGCACUGGCGAGCACUCGGCGGUGACGGAGAGCCCGGCUGUCGGCGCCCUGCCGGGCCCAAGCCACCGUCCAUUGGUGUCUGCCCCACCACCUGCUUCGGGGCCGCCAUCUUCCACCGCCUCGACGCCGGUCGCCAGUGGCGCCGUGCCGCCGCCCCGGGGAACGGCGCUCUCAGGGUCGGGCGCUCCUCCUCCCGGCGGGGCGAGCGGCGCCCCCUCGUACACCACCUCUCAUGCCCAUCUCCAUCAGCACUACUUGGCCACGGCGGGUGUGGCCCUGUCGUCGCCGCGUGCGCCGCGCCUCGGCACCAGCACCGCCGACCCCCCGUCGCACAUCGAGCAAUAUCCCGUCCCGGGCCCGGGCCCGGGCCCAUCGCCGGCCGCAUACCACCCCCCGCAGCAGCCGGCGCAGUAUUCACAACAGUCGCGGCAGCAGGCCCCCCCGAUUCCGGGGUACCAUGCCCUGGCUUCGCGGCCCGGGAGCUCCCAUGCAAAGUCCGGCCACUCGAAUGCCGGUGGAUGGCCUUCGCAUGGCCCGGGCCCGGGGACAUCCUCGCCCCUGGUGACCGGCGAUGCUGCCGGCCCGGCCGCCUAUUCGCAAGCGGCCGGCGCCUAUGGCCCGGAGAGUGGCUCCUCAUCGGCCAGCCACUCGGUCAGUGGCAGCUACUCUGGUGGGAUCAUCUCGUCUCCCCUCGCCUCGGCAAAGGCUCACUAUCGGCCGGGCUUCCACCUGCCGCCGCAGCCACAGGCGCAGGUGUCUCAUCACGCCUCCCACACGGGCUCCACGGCGGCCGCCUACCCGGGCUCCCAUUUAUCGCCGCACCAUGGUCCCCCCUUCGCAUACCCGACACCCCGGUCCGGAGCCGACCCUGGCUCGGAGCAGGCGCACGCCCCCCAGUCCGGGGCGUAUGUCUACGUCCGCCAGCGAUCCCAGCACCCGUCCGCCUCGGGGCCGCCUUCACAGCAGUCAUCCCAGUACCCCCAUCACCCAUCGGAGCAGCCCCCCACCCAGUUGCAGUUCCACCAGCAGUCGCAGCUACCAUCGCAACAGCCGCAGUACUCCCAUCCACAGCAGCCACAGUACCCCAAGUAUCCUCCGGCACCCUCUCAGUCCCAGGCGCACCCUCAGUACCAGGCAGCCUCGCUGGCCGAUGCGGUGAACUACCACCAGCCGACCUCCGGCCCAGGCGGCGGUCCUCCCUCCCCGAGUCAGCCCCAACAGUUUUAG